GUGCUUCGUACUAGACAGGUGAGGUUCGGAAAGGCUGAGCUUAUGCGUAGGUGUUGGUAUGACGCGUUGUUAUCAGCACAGCCUUCGUCCUUUGAUGUUUCCUCGCAUCACUGACCGUCCAACUGCCCGUCCUCUCUCCAUCCACAUCAACAUUCGUGUGUCGCGUUGUCGUUACCGCUGAAGCGUCGAUGAUGCUGACUCGUGGCCCUGAACCGAAUGACAGAAUUAACGUGAAAGCUCCAUGCUCCAUCCACAAUGAGCACGUCAACAGCGGCCAAGAUCCCUCCUUUGAUCUACGGAACAGCUUGGAAGAAAGACCAGACGAGGAAGCUCGUUAGACAAGCUCUCCUUGUCGGAUUCACGGGCGUCGAUACCGCUGCGCAACCGAAGCAUUAUCAAGAAGAUCUCGUUGGCCAGGGCAUCCGAGAUGCUAUCAAGGAGGGAGGGCUGAAGAGGAGCCACCUCUACAUCCAAACGAAAUUCACAUCCAUCCACGGGCAAGACCCUCGACGAAUGCCAUACGACGCCCAGCAAAACAUCACCGAUCAACUCGCAGUUUCAAUCGCCUCUUCCCUCCACAAUCUCCGCCACUCCGAAACCACGGCAGACGCCUACCUCGACUGCCUCGUCCUACACUCCCCGUUUCCCAGUCUGGCGCAAACGCAAGAAGCCUGGCGAGCAAUGGAGUCGCACGUCCCCGCGCGAGCGCGAACCCUAGGCAUCUCGAACAUCUACUCGAUCGACGUGUUAAAGUCACUCUACGACUUUGCGCGCGUCAAGCCUGCCAUCGUGCAAAACCGCUUCUACGCCGACAGCGGGUACGACGUCGAGAUCCGGGCUUUUUGCGCGGCCAACGGCGUGCGGUAUCAGAGCUUUUGGACGCUGACGGCUAACCCGCGACUGCUGAAAUCGGAAGCUGUGGAGACGGUUGCGAGGGAGGUGGGGGUUGGUUUGCCGGUGGCGUUGUAUGGGCUUGUGCUGGGGUUGGGAGAGGUGAGUGUGUUGAACGGGACGACGAAUGUUGGUCGAAUGACGGAAGAUCUGGAAGGAGUGAAAAAGAUACGCCAAUGGGCUACAUCUGCUCCGCAAAGCUGGAGGGAGGUUUCCGCUUCCUUUGGCAAACUACUUCAAACGUGAAUGCAGAGCUUAUGACCAAACUCGGCUCCUCGCGCAUCAACAUGCAUUCCGUGUAACCGGUCUGGCGUGAGUCAAAGGGAAGUGAGUUGCAUUCGGUAAUGUUAACCUUUUGCGGACGGCGGUGACUGGAUUCGGGCAGCAAUUCGCGAUUUUCAGCCGCCCGCAAGUUAACGAACGUUUGGCUUUUAUAGAGCGUAUAGCGCACAUCGCAUCCU